GGUGUUUUUUUUCCCCCUUGGAUCCGGAGGUGUACUGUGUUUUUUUCUGAAGAUUUCAACUUCCCAAAGACAAAUUGAAGGCUGCCAGUUGUGAUUGGAGACGGUGGCACCUUGACCUCCACCGUUGAACGAAGUUUGAUAACUCAGCUUUUGUGGAAAUCGAGACGAUAGGUGGUGUCGUAGCUAACUUGUUACUCAUAUCAGCUGCCUCAGCGCUGUAUGUGCGGCAAUAACAUGUCAGCGCCUUUACCUGCCAUCGUGCCUGCUGCCCGGAAAGCCACUGCAGCGGUGAUUUUUCUCCAUGGCCUUGGAGAUACUGGGCAUGGCUGGGCAGAAGCUUUUGCAGGCAUCAGGAUACCACAUGUGAAAUACAUCUGCCCUCAUGCGCCCACGCAGCCUGUCUCGUUGAACAUGAGAAUGUCAAUGCCUUCCUGGUUUGAUAUCUAUGGGUUGAACCCGGAUGCAGAAGAAGAUUCGAGCGGUAUUAAAAGGGCGUCGGAGAACAUUAAAGCCUUGAUAGAUCAAGAGGUGAAGAAUGGAAUACCUUCACACAGAAUUAUGCUGGGUGGAUUUUCACAAGGUGGAGCUCUGUCUCUCUACACGGCUCUGACGUCUCAACAGAAGCUCGCCGGCGUGGUCGCUCUGAGCUGCUGGCUUCCUCUCCGUAACUCCUUCCCUCAGGCCUCUGCCAACAGUGCAAACAAGGACAUGCAUGUCCUCCAGUGCCACGGCGAUGCCGACCCCCUGGUUCCGUUUAUAUUUGGCAGCCAGACGGCAGAGAAGAUGAAGAGCCUCAUCAAUCCAGCCAACAUCACCUUUAAGUCGUACCGGGGUCUACCUCACAGCGCCUGUCCAGAGGAAAUGGUUGAUGUCAAGCGAUUCAUAGAGAAGCAGCUCCCUCCCAUCACUGAUCUGUGAAAUCAGGAUUUACCACACAUGAUGCACAGCUCCGUCUGAGUGUUUUGGGGCUCAGAGGGCUCGAGGAAUCACUGACUGACUUGACAAUGAAAAAGCAACGCUGCUACUCACAGAGCCAGGCGGGACUGUGGCUACACGUUAGCCCAGGGAGAGGCCUGACUGGAACGAUGCUGCAUCCUGACCUGGAUCCACACAAUCAGUGUUACAGUAGAGUGACUCUAGUUGGUUGAUUGUAAAGCCAUUUACUUUUAGGAAACGUGUACUGGAAUAACUAGGGCUAAACUUUAUGGUUUAAUACAUGCUAUCUCACAAACACAUGGGCUGUUAAUUCUUUUAUUGUUGUCUGUAGUUUAUUUGUUGAUGAAUUAACUUGUGUUUUCAUGCAAACAUUUCUUGUUUCAGAUAUUUUUGGGUCUGUUUUAAAUAUAACAUCAAACACUUUUGGGUUGUGGAAAAGUUGUCGCACAACAACCAAAUUAAAGAUAUGAACCCAGACAUUAUUUUUACAUCUUAAAAUAAUCAACAGUUUACAAUAAAUGAAACAUCUUUAAAUGUGUUUUGAACAAUUAAUAAAUAUCACGAGAGGGAGUGAUGUACUGAAUAUAUCAGCACUGCUGUGAUUGGCUCGUAGAAAGAUAAUCACAGCAGGGCUAAUAUCCAGAACAACAUCUCGACCUUGAGUGUGAUAUCACUUUAUAGAAGCAGAAAAUAGUGAUGGAAAAAGUAAAAAUCAUCAUUUUUAGUAUUAUUUCUUAACUCCAUCAAAUCAACCAGUUCCACUAUUUAGCUGAAACUAGACUGUUGCCAAGCAACCCGAACAUUCUAUUUUACUCUGUUGGUGUCCAUGGUUACCACAGAGCAACUUCUUUGUAGUAUGAACCUUUACUUGAAUGUUAAAAUAAAUAAAUGUGAUCCUGAAAUCAG